UUUUUAAUUCUUGAAGGCGAAACCAAAAAGUCAUAAAUCCAAUAUUAAUCUAGUUGAUAACUCCUUUAUAAAGAUACUUUUUUCAACCAAAUUUUAUAUCCACUUGUCACCAAUUAUUGGUACCCCAAUUUUUAUUUUCCAUAGUUGGAAAAAUCCACCUUCAUGUGAUAACUGCAGCAGAAAUUCAGUGUAUUGGUGCAAGAGGUUUUUUCUAAUGGCUGAUGAAGCUGGAUUAAGGGCUUAUUGCUGUUUCGUUUGUCGAAAUUAUGUCGCCGAGCAUGAUGAUAUAGUCUCUAAAUCAUUCCAGGCACAGACAGGGAGGGCAUAUUUGUUCUCCCAUGCAGUGAAUAUUGUUACAGGGCCUAAGGAGAACAGAAAUCUCCUCACAGGCCUUCACACAGUUGCUGAUGUUUUCUGCUCCGACUGCGGCGAGGCGCUAGGGUGGAAGUAUAUCAAAGCUUAUGAGUCAUCACAGAAAUACAAGGAAGGCAAAGUUGUGCUUGAAAAAUUUAAGAUUGUUAAGGACGGUGAUUUCUGCUAGUCAUGGCAGUAUUUUACUUUUGUUAUGUGUAUAUAAAUAUUGCUUGAUAUUAUGGUACAAAGUUAACAUAACACCACUACCAAAGUGGUUCCCAAAUUGAAAGCUUCUCAAAAGUUUUUAUUAGGCCAACUAGAAUUUACUUUAAUUGUCUUAACUUUAGAAGUUUAGAACUACUUUGUUGGUUCUCUAUCAAAGUUUACAAGAAUUGACCAUUUUUCUCAA